GUGGCUUGGACGACCGCGGAGAGACCGGAAGCGGAAGUUGUUCCACGGGAAGACGACGUCGCCUCGUAGCCUGGCUUUUUCGGUUUUAGCGGCGGCAGCGGCAGUAGCAACAGGGGCAGCAGCAGACUCUCACCAUGGGCAACACGAGCAGCGAGAGGGCCGGCAUGGAGCGGCAGGGGGGCCACAAGACCCCCCGCAGGGACAGCACUGGGGGCGCCAUCACCACCAAGGAGGGGGGCGAGAGGCCCAAGAUCAUGAUGGACAGCCCGGAGGACGCGGACCUCUUCCACUCCGAGGAGAUCAAGGCUCCGGAAAAGGAAGAGUUCCUUGCGUGGCAGCAUGAUCUAGAAGUGAACGACCGAGCUCCCACCCAAGCUCGCCCAACUGUGUUUCGCUGGACAGGGGGAGGAAAAGAGGUCUACUUAUCUGGAUCCUUCAAUAACUGGACAAAACUACCCCUCACAAGAAGCCACAACAACUUUGUAGCAAUCCUGGAUUUGCCAGAAGGAGAACAUCAGUACAAGUUCUUUGUGGAUGGUCAGUGGACCUACGACGCCUCUGAGCCAGUUGUGACCAGCCAUCUUGGCACAAUUAACAACGUCAUUCAAGUGAAGAAAACUGACUUUGAAGUGUUUGACGCUUUAAUGGUGGAUUCCCAAAAGUGCUCUGAUGUGUCCGAGCUGUCCAGUUCGCCGCCAGGACCCUACCAUCAGGAGCCCUAUGCUUGUAAAGCAGAGGAACGUUUCAAAAGUCCGCCCAUCCUUCCCCCACACCUGCUCCAGGUCAUCCUGAAUAAGGACACUGGCAUCUCGUGUGACCCAGCUUUACUACCGGAGCCCAACCACGUCAUGCUGAACCACCUGUACGCCCUCUCCAUCAAGGAUGGCGUGAUGGUGCUCAGCGCCACCCACCGCUACAAGAAGAAGUACGUCACCACCUUGCUGUACAAGCCAAUAUGAAGCCCCCAGCCAGCCACUGGUGCCGGGGAGGAGCAGAGAUGAUGGCGCGGCACGACCUGACCCAUCUGCAGCUGAUUCACGCCACAGGAGCUGCCCCACACGGUCUUCAUUCCACACUCUUCUGAAACAUUUUCCACCCACCCUGCUUGAAGAUCUCCUUUUGGCAAAGCAGCUCCUGAGGAGCCAGGCCGGGCGCUCUGGCCACUGACUGACCAUAAAACCUUUUAUCAUUUACCGCAGUGGGGAGAGCAUAAAGGUAGGUGCCGAAGAUUGGCCGGAGCCCAAAACACAAGGAAACCUGUGUGCCCUGUUGGAGACAUGCACUCUAACAGGCACCAGGCACUCUCCCAAAAAAUAAGAAUAAGUUAAGCCCAGAUCCCAGUUGUGGGCUGCUUUGUUAUCUCAGGUAGCUGGGCCCAACAAAGGGGCUUUCCUUACUAGUGAUUUUCCCGUCACUUUUCGUGGAUGCAACAGCCAGUGUAGUGGCGAUGUCUCUGCGUGGUAGGUCUGCCCCCUUUUGGCUGGCAGCAAGCUUGCACAGGGAACUCUGGCCCUGACCCUCACACACACCAAGCACAUUUUAAAGCCAAAAUCACUGCGGGGAGGGGACAGGUGAGGGGUGUAUAUAGUAGAGAUGUACUGAUGAAGGCUUGUAAAGGCAUUUUCUCUUUUUAAUCACCAACACUUGGGUGUGGAUCAUGUGAAAAGGGCCCCUCAGACCCAUCCCAGCUGUGGCCAGGCUGCCCAGAGGACUGAGCAGUGCACCCAUGGGUCACCGCUUGUUCCAGGUUCAGGCUGUUGCUUGGGGUUGUUUCUAAUCAUCCAGUCCGUCCUACGGUCACCGGUGUCCCUCAGAACCUGUGUAGCUGAGAUCUCAGAACCGAACGAUCAUGGAAGGCCCCAGCAGGUGCCAGCCAUUCAGCAAAGCUUCUAUUUUUGAAGGGAAUGUAGAUUUUCCAGGGUGAGUGACCUCACAAGGAAAUGCCAGCAGGACUCGGUGCUCCCACGGGCCCGGGUCCCCAAGCCCACCCUUGUUACCUCACUCAGUGCUCUCAAGCCUUCAGGCACUCAUGCCUUUCGUAUCUUGUGGAAACACUGAAUCACUGUUACCUUGUCACACCUCCUGAACAGGUUUAAAUAAAGCUUUUUGUAAAAAA